GACGGGCGGGCAUGCGGGUGGCUUGACUCUAGCCCGGGCUCAGGGCUUCGGCCGCAGCCAUGGAACGGCGGUUGCGCGCGCUGGAGCGGCUGGCGCGGGGCGAGGCCGGAGGCGGCCCGGGGCUCGACGGGCUCCUGGAUCUGCUGCUGGGGCUGCACCAAGAGCUCAGCAGCGCCCCCCUGCGGCGGGAGCGCAACGUGGCGCAGUUCCUGAGCUGGGUCAGCCCCUUCAUAGCGAAGGUGAAAGAGCUGCAGCUGCAGAGAGAUGACUUUGAGAUCUUGAAGGUGAUCGGCCGAGGGGCCUUCGGGGAGGUCGCUGUGGUGAGGCAGAGGGACAGUGGCCAGGUUUUUGCCAUGAAAAUGCUGCACAAGUGGGAGAUGCUGAAGAGGGCCGAGACGGCCUGUUUCCGGGAGGAGCGGGACGUUCUGGUGAAGGGGGACAGCCGCUGGGUGACCGCUCUGCAUUACGCCUUCCAAGAUGAGGAGUACCUGUACCUGGUGAUGGACUACUACGCUGGAGGGGACCUCCUCACUCUGCUGAGCCGCUUUGAGGACCGUCUCCCGCCCGAGCUGGCCCAGUUCUACCUGGCCGAGAUGGUGCUGGCCAUCCACUCGUUGCAUCAGCUGGGCUACGUCCACAGGGACGUCAAGCCGGACAAUAUCCUGCUGGACAUGAACGGGCACAUCCGCUUGGCCGACUUUGGCUCCUGCCUACGGCUUAACAACAGUGGCAUGGUAGAUUCGUCGGUGGCAGUGGGGACGCCCGACUACAUCUCCCCUGAGAUCCUGCAGGCCAUGGAGGAGGGCAGGGGCCACUACGGCCCACAGUGUGACUGGUGGUCCCUGGGGGUCUGUGCCUAUGAGCUGCUCUUUGGGGAGACGCCCUUCUACGCUGAAUCCCUGGUGGAAACCUACGGCAAGAUCAUGAACCAUGAGGACCACCUGCAGUUCCCCCCAGAUGCACCCGAUGUGCCAGCCAGUGCCCAAGACCUGAUCCGCCAGCUGCUGUGCCGCCAGGAGGAGCGUCUGGGCCUCGGAGGGCUGGACGACUUCCGGAACCACCCCUUCUUCGAAGGCGUGGACUGGGAGCGGCUGGCGACUAGCACUGCCCCCUACAUCCCCGAGCUUCGCGGGCCCAUGGACACCUCCAACUUCGACGUGGACGACGACACCCUCAACCAUCCAGGGACCCUGCCGCCACCCUCCCACGGGACCUUCUUAGGCCACCACCUGCCAUUCGUGGGUUUCACCUAUACCUCAGGCAGCCUGGGCCCUGAGAGCAGUUCUGAGCAGUUGGCUGCCCUGGAGCGGAAGCUCCGCUGUUUGGAGCAGGAGAAGGUGGAGCUGAGCCGGAAGCUCCAAGAGGCUCUGCAGACCCCUUCAGACCAUCGGGAGCUGGAGCAGCUACGGAAGGAAGUGCAGACCCUGCAGGACAGGCUGUCAGAGACGCUGAGGGACAGCAAGGUGGAUGGGCGCCCGGCUGGUAGCCCAGGCCAGGACAGUGACGUGCGGCAGGAGAGAGACCAGCUCCUCCAGGAGCUGGUCGAGGCUCGGGCAGGGCUGCGGGCGCAGGAGCAGGAGCUGUGCAGGGCCCAGGGGUGGCAGGAGGAGCUGCUCCAGAAACUGCAGGAGGCCCAGGAGAGAGAGGUGGCCAUGGCCAGCGAGACCCAGGCCCUGAACUCCCAGCUGGAGGAAGCCUGGGAAGCCCAGAGGGAGCUGCAGGCACAGGUGGCCACCCUGAGCCAGGAGGUGACACAGCUCCAGAGACAGCAGGAACGAAGCCUGGAGAAGGAGCCUCCCCAGAUCAAGACCAUCCACACUGCCUCUGAGACCAACGGCGCAGGACUGCCUGAGGGCAGCAGGCCUCAGGAAGCACAGCUGAGGCAGGAGGUGCAGCUGGAGCAGGCCUGCGGCCAUGGGCCGAGUGGGAAGGAGGAGGCUCUGUGCCGGCUGCAGGAGGAGAACCAGCAGCUGAGCCGGGAGCAGCAGCGGCUGGUGGAGGAGCUGGAGCGGGAGCAGCAGAGCAAGCAGAGACUGGAGGGCGAGCAGCGGGAGACGGAGAGCAACUGGGAGGCCCAGAUUGCCGACAUCCUCAGCUGGGUGAACGAUGAGAAGGUGUCAAGAGGCUACCUGCAGGCGCUGGCCACCAAGAUGGCCGAGGAGCUGGAGUCCUUGCGGAACGUGGGCACCCAGACUUUCCCUGCCCGGCCGCUGGUGAGCCCCGGGGACACCCAGGGGGAGGGGUGCCAGGAACCGCACUCCACGGGUAGGGACACUAGCUCACAGAAGAUCAGGGACUUACCCAAACUCACACCGGGUCAGGGGCAGAGCUGGGGCUUUGAGCCUGGCCAGGUGGCGUGGUGGGAGAGGGCCUCUGGGGUAGCCAGGCCCUCGGGGCGUCUUCCGUUGAUUCCCCCUGGCCACCAGGAUCACCAGUGGAAGGCACGGCGGCUGCAGAAGAUGGAGGCGUCGGCCAGGCUGGAGCUGCAGUCAGCACUGGAGGCCGAGAUACGGGCCAAGCAGGGCCUGCAGGAGCGGCUGGCGCAGGUGCAGGAGGCCCAGCUGCGGGCUGAGAGCCGUCUGCAGGAGGUCGAGAGGCAGAACCAGGGCCUGCAGCAGGAGCUGGCUACCCUCCGGGAGGAGCUGCGGGCCCAUGGGCCGGGGGACACCAAGCCCUCAAACUCCCUGAUUCCCUUCCUGUCCUUCCGGAGCUCAGAGAAGGAUGCCACCAAGGACCCUGGCGUCUCAGGAGAGGCCCUGAAGCCUGGGCCGGAGCCUGAGCUGAGGCCAGAGGGCCGCCGCAGCCUGCGCCUGGGGGCUGUGUUCCCCAGAACGCCUGCUGCUACCACACCCCCUGCAGAAGGCCCUCCUGCAAAGCCUGGCACACACCCGCUGCGCCCCCGGAGCUUCCCAUCCCCCACCAAGUGUCUCUGCUGCACCUCGCUGAUGCUGGGCCUGGGCCGCCAGGGCCUGGGCUGUGACGCUUGCGGCUACUUCUGUCACUCGACUUGUGCCCCACAGGCCCCACCCUGCCCCGUGCCCCCUGACCUCCUCCACACGGCCCUGGGAGUGCACCCUGAAACGGGCACGGGCACCGCCUACGAGGGCUUCUUGUCGGUGCCACGGCCCUCGGGUGUCCGGCGGGGCUGGCAGCGAGUGUUUGCUGCCCUCAGUGACUCGCGCCUGCUGCUGUUCGAUGCCCCAGACCCGAGGCUCAGCCCAGCCAGCGGGGCCCUCCUGCAGGCACUGGAUCUGAGGGACCCCCAGUUCUCGGCCACCCCUGUCCUGGCCUCGGAUGUUAUCCACGCCCAAUCCAGGGACCUGCCCCGCAUCUUUAGGGUGACGGCCUCCCAGCUGACGGUGCCGCCUGCCACGUGCACCGUGCUGCUGUUGGCGGAGAGCGAGGGCGAGCGCGAGCGCUGGCUGCAGGUGCUGGGCGAGCUGCAGCAGCUGCUGCUGGACGCGCGGCCCAGGCCCCGGCCGGUGUACACGCUCAAGGAGGCCUACGACAACGGGCUGCCGCUGCUGCCCCACGCACUCUGCGCCGCCAUCAUCGACCAGAAACGGCUUGCUCUGGGCACUGAGGAGGGGCUGUUUGUGAUCCACCUGCACAGCAACGACAUCUUCCAGGUGGGUGAGUGCCGGCGGGUGCAGCGGCUGGCCGUGAGCCCCACCGCGGGCCUUCUGGUCGUGCUGUGCGGCCGCGGCCCCAGCGUGCGCCUCUUUGCCCUGGCCGAGCUGGAGAACAUGGAGGCAUCAGGUGCCAAGAUACCCGAGUCUCGAGGCUGCCAGGCCCUGGCAGCCGGGCGCAUCCUGCAGGCCCGCACCCCUGUGCUCUGUGUCGCAGUCAAGCGCCAGGUGCUCUGCUACCAACUGGGUCCAGGCCCGGGGCCCUGGCAGCACCGCAUCCGUGAGCUGCAGGCAGCAGCACCUGUGCAGAGCCUGGGGCUGCUGGGUGACAGGCUGUGCGUGGGCGCGGCUGGCGCCUUCACCCUCUACCCGCUGCUCAACGAGGCUGCGCCCUUAGCACUGGGAGCCGGUCUGGUGCCUGAGGAGCUGCCCCCAUCCCGCGGGGGCCUGGGUGAGGCCCUGGGCGCCGUGGAGCUCAGUCUCAGUGAGUUCCUGCUGCUCUUCACCACCGCCGGGGUCUAUGUGGACGGCGCCGGCCGCAAGUCUCGCAUCCAAGAGCUGCUGUGGCCAGCAGUGCCCACGGGUUGGGGUUACACAGCCCCCUACCUGACAGUGUUUAGCGAGAACGCCAUCGAUGUGUUUGAUGUAAGGAGAGCAGAAUGGGUCCAGACGGUGCCACUCAGGAAGGUGCGACCCCUGAACCCAGAGGGCUCCCUGUUCCUCUUUGGCACCGAGAAGGUCCGCCUGACCUACCUCAGGAACCUGCUGGCAGAUAAGGACGAGUUCGACAUCCCCAACCUCACCGACAACAGCCGGCGCCAGCUGUUCCGCACCAAGAGCAAGCGCCGCUUCUUCUUCCGCGUGUCGGAGGAGCAGCUGCAGCAGCAGCGCAGGGAGAUGCUGAAGGACCCUUUUGUGCGCUCCAAGCUCAUCUCAACGCCCACCAACUUCAACCACCUGGUGCACGUGGGCCCUGCUGACGGAAGGCCCAGCGCCAGGGACCUGCCGCCGGCUACGGAAGAGAAGGGCCGAGGUGCCCGCAGCUCUGGCCUGCAGCGGCCCCACAGCUUCUCUGAGGCCUCGCGGCGCCCAACUUCCAUGGGCAGUGACGGCCUCGCUGGAGACGCGGACCACAUGAAGAGGAAGCCUUGGACGUCUCUGUCCAGCGAGUCGGUGUCCUGCCCCCAGAGAUCUCUGAGCCCCGUGGCCUCCCUGAUACAGGUCUCAGAACGGCCCCGGAGCCUCCCCCCGGCCCCUGAAUCUGAGAGCUCCCCUUGACACCCUCUGGCGGGGCCCAAACCCCCAAUCCCAGGACCGAGAGAUGCAAGGGAGCAAAGAGCUUGAGGAACGCCAUAUUCCGGCUGGUCCGGAACGUGUGGGAAUUCGGACUCAGGGCGGGCCUGGGCUGGGCAGCUGUGGCCUGGGUUGCUAGGACAGGGCCG